UCCCUCGCAGCGUUCCUCCGCCGGCUCGUCCCUCCUCUCGGUCCGAUGCCCAACGAGGAUCUGGACACCACAGAUCUGGAGUCUCUAGAGAAAUACCGCAGCUACACCCGGUACCUGAGGAAAGCCGAGGAGGCGAGGAACAAACCGGCCUGGUGGAAAACAUACCGGAGCUACGUGGAGAAACAGGAUCCAGAGCACGAUGCAGAGAAAGUGGACAUCGGGCUGCCGUAUCUACGCCCGAGUCGACUGAAGGAAGUGAAGGAGAGGACGCAGAUGGUGAAGGAGAACAAGAAGAACGCUGAGCUGGAGAGGGCGUCUCGUCUGAGGACGCUGAAAGUGUCUCUGGAUCGAGUUCAGGACGAGUGGGGGAAGAGCUCCGGUCCGUUUCACAUCCAGAGACUCGCCGAGCACUACGGCGUCUUCAGAGAUCUCUUCCCAAACGCCCUCUUUCUACCUCAGGUUCUGAUGCAGAUCAACUACAGCCAGGACAACGGAGGACAGGUGCAUUAUGGGAACCGGCUGACACCAACAGAA